AUGGUGCACAGUGUGCAAAUGGGUCUCAUACUGGUUGAUAGAGGGAGUUCCACCAACCUCCUCUUUAGUGACGCGCUAGACGCCCUGCAGAUACUGAAGAGGGUGAGCUCCAUGGGUGUCACCGACGACGACAAGGACCGGCUGGAGGUGGUCGGCGACAGCGUUGACCCGGUCUGCCUGGUCAGCUACCUGCGCAGGAAGAUUGUGCACGCCGAGAUAGCGCUGGUGGAGGAGGUGAAGGACAAGAAGCCAGAGGAGAAGGAGAAGAAGAAGUCGGAGGAGCCGACAAUGCAGCCCGUGGCGGUCCACCCUCCGCCGCAAUGGUACCCCGGCUACUACUACCACCACCACCACCAUCCGCCGCCGCCGAUGGUCGUCUGCGAGGAGCCAAGCAACUGUCCGAUCAUGUGA